CACGGGUGUUAUGUAAAUAGUGCAUUUUGGUAUGGCGGCCCAUACAAUCCCUGUCAUCGACUUCACUGCGUAUGGUUUGCAGAGAGAGUCCCCGGACGAAGAGUGUUUCCAGGAACUAAUAGAUGACGUACAUAAUGCAUUGAAGACGAUCGGUUUUCUUUAUUUGACAAACCAUGGUAUUCCACAAGAACUGAUUGAUAAUGCAUUUAAACAGUCAUCAAAAUUUUUUGCCUUGCCAAGUGAAACAAAAAAUAAGUAUGCCAGACCAACAAAUGACAACCAUGGCUAUGUUGAGAUUGGUAGAGAAGCACUGAAUCCUGAUAGACCUGGGGAUUACAAAGAACUUUUUAAUUAUUUACCCCAGAAAUGCACUUUGUUGCUAAAGAAAGAGUUGCCAGAGUUCUCGGAAUCGGUGAUGGCUUUAUUUGGUAAAUGUAAAGAGUUGAGUAACCGAAUGUUGGAAAUUAUGGCAAGAGGAUUAGAAAUUGAAGAUCCAUUACUGUUUGUCAAAGCACAUGCUGGUAUUGGCAGUCAAGUCAAUGGUACACUAAUUAGAUCACUUUGGUACCCACCCAUACCCAAUGAUGAAAUUAAACCUAAUCAGAUACGAUGUGGAGAGCAUUCAGAUUAUGGAUCAAUUACAUUACUAUUCCAAGAUGACGUAGGAGGACUACAGGUCAAAAGUAUUGAUGGUACUUUUGUGGAUGCCACACCAAUGACAGGAAGUAUUGUUGUGAAUAUUGGAGAUCUUAUGCAAAGAUGGACAUCUGAUAAACUUGUAUCCACAGUGCACAGAGUGUUGAUACCAGAGACAAGUAAAAUGAAAAACUCAAGUCGUCAGUCUCUAACUUUUUUCUGUCAUCCUGAUAGUUCAUUUGUUAUAAAGUGUGUUGAUGGUAAUGACAAGUAUCCACCAAUCACUGAUGAUGUUUAUCUUAAACAGCGAUUUGAUGUAACAUAUCAGUAUUAAACAAAAUUACUGACAUUCAAUGAGAUCAACCAAUGAAUGUUGUUUAACUUAAACAGCGAUUUGAUGUAACAUAUCAGUAUUAAACAAAAUUACUGACAUUCAAUGAGAUCAACCAAUGAAUGUUGUUUAACUUAAACAGCGAUUUGAUGUAACAUAUCAGUAUUAAACAAAAUUACUGACAUUCAAUGAGAUCAACCAAUGAAUGUUGUUUAACUUAAACAGCGAUUUGAUGUAACAUAUCAGUAUUAAACAAAACUACUGACAUUCAAUGAGAUCAACCAAUGAAUCAUGUUUAACUAGAACACUGAUUUAAUGUAACAUAUAUGUAUGGAACAAAACUAUUGACAUUCAUUCAAUGAGAUCAACCAAUGAAUCAUGUUUAACUUAAACAUUGAUUUAAUGUAACCUAUCAGUAUUAAACAAAACUAUUAACAUUCAAUAAGAUCAACCAAUGAAUCAUGUUUAACUUAAACAUUGAUUUAAUGUAACCUAUCAGUAUUAAACAAAACUACUGACAUUCAAUGAGAUAAACCAAAGAAUCAUAUUUAACUUAAACAUUGAUUUAAUGUAACCUAUCAGUAUUAAACAAAACUAUUGACAUUCAAUAAGAUCAAACAAUGAAUCAUGUUUAACUUAAACACUGACUUAAUGUAACGUAUCAGUAUUAAAAAAACCACAUCCAUUCAAUGAGAUCAACCAAUGAAUUAUGUUGAACUAAAACAUUGAUUUAAUGUAACCUAUCAGUAUUAAACAAAACUACUGACAUUCAAUGAGAUCAACCAAUGAAUUAUGUUUAACUAAAACAUUGAUUUAAUGUAAUCUAUCAGUAUCAAACAACACCAUAUCCAUUCAAUGAGAUCAACCAAUGAAUGUUGUUUACCUUAAACACUGAUUUAAUGUAACCUGUCAGUAUUAAAAAACUACAUCCAUUCAAUGAAAUCAACCAAUGAAUUAUGUUUAGCUAAAACAUUGAUUUAAUGUAAUCUAUCAGUAUCAAACAACACCAUAUCCAUUCACUGAGAUUAACCAAUGAAUGUUGUUUACCAUUGAUUUAAUAUAACCUAUCAAUAUUAAACAGAACUACUGACAUUCAAUGAGAUCACCCAAUGAAUGAUGUUUACCUUAAACAUUGAUUUAAUGUAACUUAUCAGUAUUAAACAGAACUACUGACAUGCAAUGAGAUCAACCAAUGAAUGAUGUUUACCUUAAACAUUGAUUCAAUGUAACCUAUCAGUAUUAAACAAAACCAAUCAACCAAUGAAUAAUGUUUAUUUUUAAAGCCGAUGAUUAUCACGUCCUGUUCGCAAUGAGACUUGUACCGAUGUGCACAGCGUAUUUAAAAUACAUUGUUUGUUUACAUGGAAUUUGAACACACACUGCACGAUGACCAUCAUCCUUUAAAAAGUUUAGUGUAACCUAUCAGUAAUGAAAAAAAACUAAUACAUUCCAGGAGAUCAACCAAUCACUGUUGAUGUUUACUUUAAACAACAAUAAUGUAACUUAUCAAUGUUAAAACUACAAUCAUUCAAUGAGAUUCACCAAUGAAUGAUGUUUACUUUAAACGGUGGUAGUUGUUGCACGGAUAUAUGGGUCUCAUAUAAACAAAGAUGGCGCAGAUCAACAAGUACAAACUGAGACGUUACCAUUCUUUAAUUAGGUACUUAGGUGAUUGGUAGGUAUCCAAGGAGUCACCGGCAGUAAUUAGUGCAAGUCGCGCCCAGGUCAAACCUCAUACUUGUGAUUUCCAUUAGAAGAGCGCAUUGGAUUGUGGGAAAAUCAAUGUUUAUUGACUCAAAUGUUGCACAUGUGCAGCGCGAUGGCCGCCGCCCUUUAAACAAACAAUUUUAUUUAACUAUUAGUAGUAAACAAAACUACAUACUGGUACAUUUAUUUAGAUCAAGUGCUUAUUAUUAAUGUUAACAUUUAACAACAAUGGGAUGUGACCUAUCAGUAAUAAACUAACACUAAAUACAUU